AUGAUCGAUACCCAAGAAUCAGCGAUUCUAUUCCAGGCAGAAGAUAAGAUCUUUCUGCUGGACAUUCCAUACUCUAUCGCCAUUGCCCAAGGGAAUAUAGCCCCAUGCAAACAACUCGAGCCAACGACAGCAGAACCGAGCCUAAAGACCCAAGAGAACAAGUCGCAAAGAAAACAACUCCUUUCUUGUUCUCCUGCCAAAGAGCCAUUCCCGUCGACUGAGCCCAAGAAACCAAAUGCCCGUGCCAAGGUCCUUGAGAGCACUCCUAUCUCCGAAAGACGGUUCCACUCGGAAUUGAUACUGCCCCUCGUGAGAGACUCCCUGGAAACCAUCCGGGCUGGCAUCGAUGGUGAUCGAUGGUGUUUCACAAGAGUCGUGCCCUGCGAGGAAGUUAACGAGUAUAUGGUGCCAGAUCAACCUCCAUCACGGAAGCGACGGAAAGGGAAUGAUUCUACAUUCCUGCAGCCUGGACCUGAUGGCCAUGCCAAAGUACUCGAUAAACCACCAGUGAUUCUAUCAUCUGCUGUACCGAAUAUAUUUGAGACCCUCUCAGAGCUGAACGUAACGAAGAAUCCAUCACCAGAAGCCGCAGUAAUUCAAAUUGGAACGUCCCAUGAAACGACAGGUGAAUACCUCGUUCCACCAGAGUCAAGCUUCAUACUAUGUGAACUACCUAUCUUCAAAGGACCCGACUACCGUGCAGCGCAUGAACUUCCCAUCCCCGGACUUUCACAGAAAUUCAACCUCAUUUUGAUGGAUCCGCCCUGGCCAAACCGAUCUGUUCGGCGAAGUGGCCACUAUACAACAAAUCACUACUCCGAGAUGGACAUACUCACCGAGGGAAUGCGAGAGAUUCUUCAAGCAUACUCCUAUCGCCAUGAGGAUAUGACACAGUUGGCAGAGCCCCAGGGCGGAUCCCAGAUUCAAAGCCAACAAUCUAUAGCAGCUAUCUGGAUCACCAACGCUGAAAAGUCACGCAAAGCUGCCUAUCAUGCUAUGAGCGGUGCGGGAUUCCACGUCUGCGAGGAAUGGGUCUGGGUCAAGACUACACAGCACGGCCAGCCGAUUUCAGCGCUGGAUGGUCUUUGGCGGAAACCGUAUGAGAUUCUGGUAAUCGGUAAACGGGAGCUAAAUGUUGAUGCUCUAUCAUCAGCACACGAAACACAUGAUUUGACAGCCGUGAGUGAAGCCAUCGCUACGAGACGAGUCAUCGCCGCGGUCCCAGACCUGCAUUCACGCAAGCCCAACCUGAGAAGCAUUUUUGAGAAGAUUUUCUUCUCCAGUGGAAGUUCUCAUGAGUCAUACACUGCUCUCGAGGUAUUUGCCCGAAACUUGACAGCUGGUUGGUGGGCGUGUGGGAACGAGGCUCUCAAGUUCAACGCCCGCGAGUGCUGGGUUGAUGAUACAACAAAAAAUUGGAUUCCGGAAUAG